GCGUCACACCACCCUCCCCUCCAACAGGUGGCGACAUUGCGCUGUCGUGAGACGUACAGGUCACACCACGUGAUGUGGCCACAAUGGCGGCUAUAGUGGAGUGUCGAGAAGAUGGCUUCAGAAAGAUAUUCAAGUUUUACAAGCGCAGAAGUCCUCCUCCUAAUUUCAGCGAUGUUUUUGAUUUUUCCAAACCUACGACAAGUGAUAAGGUGGUGCAAGUCAAAAUGGAUCCUCAAGCAGUGAGUGACGGAGAUGCUGCUAGGGUUGGAUUACAGCCUGCCAGAGACUGGAGAGUCUUUAAUCUAAAGGGUUACCCAGGGUUCAUCUUCAUCAAUAACCCGUUCCUCCGAGGCUCUCAGGCCUACUGGGUUCGUCAGUGUCUGAAGACUUACCCCAGAAAGCCCAAUGUCUGCAACCUGGACAUGCACAUGUCUCCGGGUGACACACAGGACAUCUGGGCCAAAAGUGUAUGCAACCUCAGUCGCUCUGGCGGGAAGAGGGAACCCAAAACUCUUCUGGAGAGGCUGCGCUGGGUCACCUUAGGCUAUCAUUACAACUGGAAUAGCAAGACAUACUCUCCCAAUCAUUACACGCCAUUCCCGGCUGAGCUCCGCCUCCUGUCUCACCAAAUAGCAGCUGCCUGUGGCUUCCCAGGCUUCAGUGCAGAGGCAGGAAUCCUCAAUUACUACAGGUCGGACUCUUCUUUAGGAAUCCAUGUGGAUGAAUCCGAAUUAGAUCACAGUUGCCCACUUCUGUCGUUCAGUUUUGGCCAGUCGGCGAUCUUCCUUCUUGGCGGGACUCAAAGACAUGACCCUCCCACCGCGAUGUACAUGCACAGCGGGGACCUGAUGGUAAUGUCGGGGCAGAGUCGCCUCCUUUACCACGCUGUGCCUCGCAUCGUCCCAGCGCCCCAGGAAGUCGCAGUGGUGGAGCCAAGCAGCUGGGGUUCCGACCAGCAGGAGUGUGUAUCACCGGAGGACUGGGCCGUGUGCUCCGAGUAUAUCCAGAGUUCCAGGAUCAAUGUGACUGUCCGACAGGUUUUGGGGCAGAGUCAAAGCUUUCCAGAAACAACUCUAGAGGAGGAGCAUCAAGCUGAAGGGGAAGAUCGUUCGAAAAGGAGAAAAGGUGGUUACUCGCCGCAACAGACAUGAUAUUUAUACUUCUUUCAAGGCAGAAUUAAUGAUACAUCAUAAGUGUUUAAAUGAAUACAAUGUUGUCCUAAUACACAUGA